GAAGGGGUCCCAGAAGGGAAAGAGAUGGAAACUUACAAGAUCUAAACUGGGUGGUUCAUUACAGAUGCUGUGGCCAUAUGUCGUAAUCGAAAAAUAAAAGGUCUCCGAUGGUCUUUUAGAGUUGGGGCUUGAACCUUAGUAGAUUCUGGGCACAGGUUCUGACAAGUAUCAUUAUAGACUAACCUGUUUAACUUGUUCAGCAGAAGAGUUUUCUACUCCUCGCUGGGGAGCUGUCUCUAUCAUAUAGGUUUCUUGGCAGGGAUUCUUCUACUAUCACAGGCAAAAUGUCAUUACAAGGGGGAUUGCCAGCUUUAGUUUUCAUAGGACUGAUAGAGGACAGGCCCAUAGUUCUUACAACGUCAUCUCCACAUCUCAGGUCUAUAAAUUCAUUUGAGUUUGAGGGUGAAGGUGGCUUAUCACCAGCUAGGUUAUCUCUCCUAAUGGGGACUAUGUUCUGAUAAUGGCAACAAGGGAGAGGGCCUUCUCAGUGGUGGCCCCCAAAUUAUGGAAUGAUGUUUAUGACGAGGUGCGCCUGGCACCAACACUGUUAUCUUUUCGGCACCAGGUCAAGACUUUCCUCUUCUCCCAGAUGAUAGGCAAAACAAUGGGAACUAUGGGGAGCAUCUGUGGUGUCGUUGGGAACAGGAAUAAAAUAAAAGAAUGGGAGGAAGGAAUCUGCUACUUUUCAUUCUGCUGAGGUCCAUGAACUCCUGAUCCAACAGGAAGAUCCCAAAGAAAACAGCAGGAAAACAUGCCUAGUGUGUGAGAAAAUGUUUAGAGACAAAUCACAACUGAAUGUGCAUUACAGAAUCCACACAGGAGAGAAGCCAUUUAAAUGCAUGGAGUGUGGAAAGAGCUUCAGUAAGCACCAUCAACUUACAACACAUCAACGAACACACACAGGAGAGAAGCCAUUCACAUGUAUGGAGUGUGGAAAGAGCUUCAGAAAAAACAGUAGCCUUACCUUUCAUCACAGAACACACACAGGGGAGAAACCAUUUAAAUGCAUUGAAUGUGGAAGGAGCUUCAGGCAGAAUAGUGACCUUAUUCGACAUCAUAGAACCCACACAGGGGAGAAACCAUUUAAAUGCAUGGAGUGCGGAAAGCGCUACAGUGGAGGCAGUAAGCUUACUGUACAUCAACGAACACACACAGGAGAGAAACCUUUUAAGUGCAUGGAUUAUGGAAAGAGCUUUAAUGGGAGCUAUCACCUUACUGUACAUCAACGAACACACACAGGAGAGAAACCUUUUAAAUGCAUGGAGUGUGGAAAGAGCUUUAGUGCGACCGGCAACCUUACUGUACAUCAACGAAUGCACACAGGGGAGAAGCCAUUUAAAUGCGUUGAGUGUGGAAAGAGCUUCAGUGAUAGCAGUAGCCUUACUAAACAUAAAAGAAUACACACAGGUGAAAAGCCAUUUAAAUGCAUGGAGUGUGGAAAGAGCUUCAGUGAGUGCAGUAGCCUUAGAAAACACCAUAGAGCACACACAGGGGAGAAACCAUUUCAAUGCGUGGAGUGCGGAAAGAGCUUCAGUGGAGGCAGUAAACUUACUGUACAUCAAAGAACACACACAGGAGAGAAACCAUUUAAAUGCAUGGAAUGUGGACAGAAUUUCAGUAAGAGCAGUGGCCUUACUGUACAUCAAAGAACUCAUACAGGGGAGAAGCCAUUUAAAUGCAUGGAGUGUGGAUGUAGUUUCAGUCAGAUCAGUGGCCUUACUGUACAUCAACGAACACACACAGGGGAGAAACCAUUUAAAUGCAUUGAGUGUGGAAAGAGCUUUAGUGCGAUCAGUGGCCUUACUGUACAUCAACGAACACACACAGGGGAGAAGCCAUUUAAAUGCAUUGAGUGUGGAAAGAGCUUCAGUGAUAGCAGUAGCCUUACUAAACAUAAAAGAAUACACACAGGUGAAAAGCCAUUCACAUGCAUGGAGUGUGGAAAAAGCUUCAAUGUGAGCAGUAGCCUUACUACACAUAAAAGAAUGCACACAGGUGAAAAGCCAUUCAUAUGCAUGGAGUGUGGAAAGAGCUUCAGUGAGAGCGGUAACCUUACAAAACACCAUAGAGCACACACAGGAGAGAAACCAUUUAAAUGCAUGGAAUGUGGACGGAGCUUCAGUCAGAAUAGUAACCUUACUAGACAUCAGAGAACCCACACAGGGGAGAAACCAUUUAAAUGCAUGGAGUGUGGAAAGAGCUUCACUGAGGGCGGUAGCCUUACUAAACAUCAACGAACACACACAGGGGAGAAACCAUUUAAAUGCAUGGAAUGUGGACAGACCUUCAGCCGAAGCAGUAGCCUUACUUUACAUGAAAGAACACACACAGGGGAGAAACCAUUUAAAUGCAUGGAGUGUGGAAAGAGCUUCACUGCGAGCGGUAGCCUUACUAAACAUCAACGAACACACACAGAUGAGAAAGUAUUUAAAUGAAUGGAAUGUCGAAUGAACUUCAGUGUAAGCCUUACUCUUCUUCUAUAAACUAGAAGGCUGGUGGUAUUUAGGUGGGCCAAUAUAUUAUUUAGCAAUGUUAAAUUUGUAGUUAAUUUUAAUCUUGCAGGCUACCAAAGAUUAAAGCUCUGUUCUGCUUGGGACCAGGAUACCUAGAAGCAGAAUUUGGAAAAGUUACUUUUUUGAACUACAACUCCCAU